AUGACACCGGCGUCCAUAUCUGAGGUCACAAACCUCCGGGCCCGGGCGCCAUCGACCUGCGACCCCUCGGUGCCACAACAACCUGUCAUAGAGACGGAUCGGUCUGACUGCCUGUGCCUGGACGUGUGUCCCAGGAAAGCUUACGGGCGCCACAUGGGAGCUGAGAACUCGGGUUUCACUCCUCUGUCGAUGGCGUUCUGCCUGGCUGAGCUGCACUUGUGGUCCACCAAGAGCUCGCUCCAAGUUAAAGAUACAGAUAUUGGCACCUAUCAGUACUACGAUAAAGGAGAGCCAGGCAGUUCCCUGGAGCAUCACUACUACAAUGAGAAACUCCACUUCUGCGAAGCUCGAGGCAACUCGUGGACCCCCAGGAACCGCCGACCAGAAAAGCUUCGCGAUUCGCUGAAGGAGCUGGAGGAACUGCUGCAGACCAACUCUUGCGUCCACACCAGAUGGAGAAACAAGAACUGCUGCCAGGUGAUGCUGAGCAGCGGCGUGCUGGUGACCCUGACCCUCAGCGGACCUCAGCUGGACCGAGUGUGUAUCGACCGGACGCUGGUGGGUCGACUUCCCGCCACCACUGUGACCGAUGCGGUGCUGAGCGAUCGGCUGAUUCUGCUGUCCUUCCUGGAGCAGAGCCAAGUGGCUGCAGUCUACCUGAACAAAAAGAACCAGGAUUCCCCGGAGACUGGCAGGAGAACAGACAAACUCUCACCUUCUGAAAUCAAGGUCGAGUGCGUGGAGGUGGGAGGGCGGGGCCGCAGCAUACGCCGACACGUCGGUCUGAACCGUCUCCAGGAUGUGGCGCUCUGCUGGUGGGACCCGGGGGAGCGUGGAGAGGAGCCGUGGCAGUGGAGCCCCACAGACACCAGCAGAAACAACCUGGUCCUGAUCAGCUGCUCGCCCACCGAAGGCCUCAAGCGCGGGACUGGCCCCGUGCCGGCAUCAGAUGAAAGGUCCCAAAUUACCAAGCCCGGCUUAACUCCGCUCCUCAUGCCUUUACCUCGGCUCCGAUAUGCAAAAUAUCCACCACAGCAGAGAGAGAAGGAGGGGGGAGCGUUACCAAUUCCAUGCUCGGAAAACAAAUUCACGCAGGAGAGAAUAAGGGAGGGAUUGGAGGUGCUCGGCUCCGUCCGGACCGAAGGCGGCCCUCUGGACUGCCGCUUCAGCCAGCUCCAGCAGCACCAGAUCCUCACGGUGGAGCUCCCCCUGGGGCCUCGGGGGUCCGGCCCGGUCUCCUACGCAGACAGCGGCGUGUACGAGUGUGCACGAGGGCGCGUGCACCGGCUGUCCGGCGCCCGCAUCUCGCUGCCAUCGGCCGCCAUUUCCUGCAGCCGCCACCCCUCCGAGACCAAACUGCUCCUGGGCCUGGGGGACUCCUCCCUGGUCCUGCACGACCAGAGGCGGGGGGUCUCGCUGCUGGCCCAGAGCCCCGUGCCACCCACUCUCCUGGCCUGGCACCCUGCUGGGGCCGUCGCCAUGGUAGCGGGAGGACGGCAGGAACUGGCGUGCUUUGAUGUGGCGCUGGCAGCUAUACGCGUGGCCCUGGUGGCGGAGGAGGCGGCUCCAGCCGCCGCGCUGAGCCUCGCCCAGCACCUGCGCUGCUCUGGAGGCGUGGCCGGGAUAAAGUGGGGGGCGGGGCCGGACGGAGGCCCGGAGGGGACAGACCUGCUGACUCUGGUGUUUAACGGGGGGCCGCUAGCAGCUCUGAAAUUUAAACUCGGAGCCCUGACGGGGGGGCGGCUGGGCCCAGGAGAGCUGCUGCAGGAGAGGCUGCGCUGCGGUGAGGUCCGGGAGGCACUGGGCCUGCUGGAGGCCUUGGACUGGAGCUCUAUGGGGGACGAAUGCUACCGAGGCCUGAUCUCCAUCAGUGACCACCUGCUGAGGCUGCAGCUGAACGCGGAGAGGGAAGCUCAGCUGGAAGCAGCUCUGGGGGUGUUUUACGCCCCGCCGGCCCCCCUCCCUGAUGCAGUGAUAUUGGAGUACCGGGAGCCAAUCAGCAAGUACGCCCGGCGCUUUUUUCACCACCUGCUCAGGCAUCAGCGGUUGGAGAAGGCUUUCCUCCUAGCUGUGGAUUUAGAAGAUAGAGACUUAUUCAUGGACCUCCAUUAUGUCGCCAGUGAUAAGGGCGAGGUGGUGCUAGCGGAUGUGGCCAAGAGGAAAGCAAAUGAAAUCGAGGCCGAGGCCAUCGCAGGCAACGAAAAGCCUCUGGUGGGUAGAAAAACCCCGGCUGAGAGGGCCCAGAGCACGACACACCCAGACAACAUCCCAACACGUUCUGAUGGGAGGGCCAAUCAGAGGCGGCCACAGGCUGAGGCCAGAUGUUUUACCAUCAGCCCAGAUGUGCUCAGGACCCUGAAACAAACAGGGAGAGCCGCGGCUGACGGAGGCAGAGGAGAUGAUGGAGAAGACCCCGGGAUGCUCCAUGUGGUGCAUUUAGGCGUGGUUUGACAAAACUAAUCAGAUAAGACUUACCAGUCCCAGUUGGACACUGAAAAGACACAAAAUUUCACAGAUAACAAACUCACCUGUGUUUUAUUACAUGAAAUCGUGUCCAUGACACGAUCUGAAAGUAGAAUAGUGCUAUUAUGAAUGAGAAGUGUGCAUUUUUUUAGUCCUGUGUAUCUAUAGAAGUCACUGGAAGUGAAUUGGGGUUAUUUUCUGUCUCAGUGAAAUCUGAACCAAAUGAGCCUCAAAAGAAACUGUUACAGCAGGUUCUUCUAUUAAAAAUGUGACAGAAAAUGCUCUAAACCUGCCAUUAAUCAGCCUGAAAAAAUAAAGACUUCCAUUAUUCUGAUUUUGGAUGUCGCCAGCUUCCUCUGUGUGUGUGUUGGCCGAGAUUACGAGCCCGAGUUUUAUUCAUGAACGGGAGCCAACCAGCGACUUUAAAGCGUCGCGCGGAGCCCCUUUCCUGAACAGCAGCCAUAGCCGUGUCAGAGCUGUCGACGCGCUGCGCUCACCGACUAAUCUGACAGCGCCGCGCAGGCCCUAAUCCCUCACUGUAUCGUAAUCUAUUUACUUUGCAUUCUAAGAGGAUUUCCACCAAAAAAUAUACAAGAAGCGAUGUUGGAAAUGGACAGAAGAUCAGCGAGGAUGCUUUUCUGCUCCCUUUUUUUUCUCUCUUGUUGUUUUGUUAGCUUUGGAAAAAAAAAAUCAUUGUAUGUUUUUUGGGCAGUCAAUCCCCUGCGAGAGGGACGGUUGAAAGGAAUUACAUUUCUGACUGAUACUAAUACUUCUCUUAUGUAAACAUCAAAAUGUUACAUUUCCCCUCUGAUGAUACAGUCACACUGCAGAGGCAGCUCUAGAUAAGUGGCAUCUGUCGCUGCCUUUAGAGCCUCUCUUGACACGUUUAUAAUUUACAAACCAAGACCACAUUAUCUGCUGAUUGUUUGACUUGACAGCUCGAAGAAAAGCUGCAAAAUUGCUUAAAAGGCGAACGAG